ACGAAGCGUCGCUAUAACGGUGCCAUAUGUUUCUUGUAAAAAAAACUGCUAAUAUUUGCACUGUCGCUCAAACGCACACAAUUUCGCAUCAAAGUCUGAACUCUAAUAUUGUGUUGCGUUGGUGUGUUAAAAUUGCAAAUAUGCAAAUCCAAAGUGUACGAUUAGUCAAUGGCGAAAAGGGGAUUGACACAGUGCACAGCUGUGCAUAUACAAAAGCAACAAAUGCAUCUAGCGCAGCAGCAUUUGCAGCGAACACACAACAGAGUGACAUCAACCGCGAAGGAAGAGGAAGUAGAAAACAACAAAAAGUUUAAAAUUGAGGUUUGUGUCUUUGAUGAUUGCAGUACAGAUUGCGCAGCGGAAAUUCUAUUACAGAUUGCGCAGCGGAAAUUCUAUAAAAAGGGGAUACGGACGCAUAUUGUGCGAAAUGAAAGCGACAAACCGGAAACAGUUGACUAUGGAAGCAAUCGGCCUAUAGAAGUUGCUUGCGGCACACAUUUCUGCUUUCAAGAUAUUGACGAUAAAAUGUUGCUAGCACGCUGCAACAUGAAUGCUUUGUGUAGAAUUUUGAUUCCGAUUCAAGAAAUUUACACCGCCAAUGGUCCGGCAGUAAUUAUGCCCAUUUGGUUAUGCCAUCAGCAAGUCUACGAACGCAUAACGGGCGGAUUUUGCGAGCACGGUCAUGAUCCGGCGGCCGCAACUUUCUUAGUUUUUGCUGAAACGUUUUGGCAAUUGUUGUGUAGCGAACGAUGGCGUACUGGGUUAACAAUUUGGAAUGCCCAUUUUUCAAGUAAGAAGGUUUCUAAUUUUAUUUUAAAGAAAAUAAACAAAUCAUAUAAUCACUACGAGAAGCAAGCACAUAGGUUCACAUAUUUAGUGCCCAUCGUGCAUUUCACGCAUGAGCGGCCGCUAAUGAUUUUUUGCAUGAAAUUAAAUCUCACCAAUAGCGCUUUUGAAGCGAAUUUAAAUAGCUUACAUUUAAACGAGGGUAGAGAUUACGUACUUUUUACGUAAGUGGAAUGGCUAUAAUAAAGUGAAUAUCGUCG